UGACCUCAAAUCCACAGCAGUGCCCUGGAGGCCAGAGGCAUCAGGUCCCUGGAACUGGAGUUACACACAGUCUUUAGUCACCAAGUGGAGCUGGGAAUUGAACCCAGGUCCUUUACAGGAGCGACCGAUGCUCUUGACCAGUGAGCCACCUCUCCAGCCCCUUACACUCACACGUCGCUGUCAGUUCUCUGAAUUACCCCAGUGCACAGGGUCAUGAAAUGUCCUCAAUUGUGCGCCGUCCACUCCAGAGCUGGGUCCUCGCUCACACUAACCCCAAUUCCCACUGCAGGGUCCCAUUCUCUGCACUAUUCCUACUCAGCCAUGUCGGAGCCCGGCCUGCCCGUCCCUGCAUUUUCUGCCAGUGGCUUCAUAGAUAACCAGCCCUUCAUCCGCUAUAACAGCAGGGUGGAGAGGGCAGAGCCUGCUAUGGACUGGCUGAUGGAAGACUCGGCUUACUUUGAGGACGAGACCCAGGCCUUCAACAACAGGAAGAGGAUUUUCCAGCUGAGCCUGAGGAACAUACAGGGCUACUACAACAGCUCUGGAGCCCAGAGUGGGGGAGCCAGCGGCUCCCGCCAGCAAGCAGGUCCUCACACCCUCCAGUUCACGUACGGCUGUGAGAUGCGGGACGGCACAAGCGCCACGGGGCACUGGCAGUACGGCUACGACGGCAGGGACUACCUGACCUUGGAUUUGGACUCUAUGCAGUACUCGGCAGCCACGUUCAUUGCUGGCUACACCAAGCGGAAGUGGGAAAACAGCGAGUACUGGCUGGAGAGAGAGAAGAGCUACUUGGAGAAGGAAUGCAUCAUGUGGCUGCAGAGAUACCUGACCCUGGGAAGAAAGACCAUUCUCCGGACUGACCCUCCCAAGACAAGAGUGACCCACCACCCCAGACCUCAAGGUGACAUCACCCUGAGGUGCUGGGCCCUGGGCUUCUACCCUGCUGACAUCUCCCUGACCUGGCAGUUGGAUGGGGAGGACCUGACCCAGGACAUGGAGCUGGUGGAGACCAGGCCUGCAGGAGAUGGAACCUUCCAGAAGUGGGCAGCUGUGGUGGUGCCUCCCGGGAAGGAGCAGCAUUACACAUGCCAUGUGCACCAUGAGGGUCUGCCUGAGCCCCUCACCCUGAGAUGGGAGCCUCCUCAGCCCACUGUCCCCAUCAUGGCAGUCAUUGCUGUUCUGGUUGUCCUUGGAGCUGUGGUCAUCAUUGGAGCUGUGGUGGCUGUUGUGAGGAAGAAGAGGAGAAACACAGAUGGUUCUGAAGCACCAUGUGGCUACUGGGAAUGAACUCAGGACCUCUAGAAGAGAUCCAUUAAACAGCAAGCCAGCAAUUCAGCAAAAGCAGCUGCAGCAGCUGCUUGAUUCUCUCUAGAGUGUCUUGAAGCGGAGCGAUGACAUUUAUACUCUCCAACAGUCCAGACAGGAUGUUUUUCAACUGUAAAGACCAUGGUUCCGCACCAGCUGCUUCUGACACUCCAGAGCCCGCCCCUCCGUGCCACACCUCCUGGCCCUUCCCAACAAUCCCACCAACCCAGACCAAGCCUUCAGGAAACACAGGAGCCAUCACACCUCCACAGCUCCCAAGGAACUGUGGAGGCUCCUUGGGAGGCUCAGCCAGGAGGGUAAGGAGACACAAGGGGAGACCCCGCCCAUGAGCCGAACACAUCCAACAUCGGACUUUGCAGAAGCUCUUAGUCCUUGGCGGGGAAUAACCAGCAUUCUCUGUGAUGAGAACCAGGCUUAUCACACUGGUGCACGCAGCAGCUUGUGAGAACUGACACACCCAGAAACUAUGCUAAACCAUGCUAACUAUGAGAGUGAGGGACACCGAGGCCUCUGUGACAACCCCUCCCCAAAACAGUAACAGGCCAGACGGAAAGCCACCAAAGAGCAGCGUGGAGGAGAUGCGGGGGUGUGGAGGAGAUGCGGGGGUGUGGAGGAGAUGCUGGGGUGUGGAGGAGAUGCUGGAGUUUGGCCCUCCUCGAGGGCUGGCUCUGGCAGGGGCCUGGAAGGGCACUUACCAGAGUUCAGCUAUGCUCCAGGAGAAAACAGAUAAAGCAACCUGGACUUUU